UAUAAAAUAAUAAUAAAAAAUAGAAGAAGAGCUAUCUCUCUAUAUAUAAUACAUGCUUUCACAAUAAACAUUUUAUCUUUUUAGCUUCUUUCUACUCUUUAAUCUCUUUGCUUCUGAAGAAAAGUUGGCUCUUUUCAAGAUCCUUAAACUGAGGGAAGAUCAAGAAUGGUUUGAAAAUUAAUUGUUAUUUGCAUGGAGAGUCAAAGAAUUGGAGACACAAGUAGUACUUUGUCAGUUGAUCACAACAUGUCAUAUAACACAAGCUUCAUGUAUCAUUCCACAUUAAAUAGUAAUCAAGAACCACCAGCUUUUGAUUUUGGAGAAUUGGAAGAAGCUAUUGUUCUACAAGGAGUUAAGAUGAGCAAUGAUGAUUCUAUUAAAUCAUCUUUAUAUGGAGCAGCAACAAACAGACCUGCAGCAACUCUGGAAAUGUUCCCUUCUUGGCCAACUAGAUUCCAUCACACCCAAAGAGGAAGCUCAAAAUCAAGAGGAAGAGAACAAAGUAGUGAUUCAGAUUCAGCACUAAACACUACGAUUUCAAGUAGAGGUGAAGCAAAUUUGGAACUAGAAUCUCCAAUUAGUCAACAACAACAACAAUUUCAAGAAAUGACAAGUGAUAGUCCAAGAACAGGAGUGUUACAUACUGAAUCACCUUCAAAAUCCAACUAUGAAAAGAGAAAGGGUGCUGGUUCAACUUCAGAUAGGGUGACUGAUGCUAAGACUUUGAGACGUUUAGCUCAAAAUAGAGAAGCAGCAAGGAAAAGCAGAUUAAGAAAAAAGGCUUAUGUACAACAGCUAGAAACAAGUAGGAUAAGACUAGCUCAACUAGAACAAGAACUUCAAAGGGCUAGGUCUCAGGGGCUUUUCAUGGGAGGUGCUGCUGGUCCCAACAUCAGCUCUGGUGCAGCAAUGUUUGACAUGGAAUAUUCAAGAUGGUUGGAUGAUGAUCAAAGACAAAUAUGUGAGCUACGUACAGCAUUGCAAGCACAUUUAGGCGAUGGUGAUCUUAGAAUAAUUGUUGAUGCUUAUAUUGCUCAUUAUGAUCACAUUUUCUUACUCAAAGGAGUUGCUGCACAAUCUGAUGUCUUGCACCUCCUCACUGGUAUUUGGGCAUCUCCCGUCGAGCGCUGCUUUCUUUGGCUCGGCGGUUUUAGGCCCUCUGACCUCAUCAAGAUGUUAAUUGCACGAUUGGACCCUUUAACACAACAACAAGUUGUUGGAAUUUACAGUCUCCAACAAUCAUCACAACAGGCAGAAGCAGCACUUUCACAGGGCUUAGAACAAUUACAACAAUCUUUAAUUGAAACUAUAGCCACUGGUUCUGUCAAUGAUGGCAUGCAUCAUAUGGCUGUUGCACUGGGCAAACUUGCAAAUCUCGAAAACUUCGUUCGUCAGGCUGAUAAUUUGAGGCAACAAACACUACACCAAUUGCACCGAAUAUUGACAAUUAGACAAGCAGCAAGGUGUUUCAUGAUGAUUGGAGAAUAUUAUGGUCGAUUAAGAGCCUUAAGUUCCCUAUGGGCAUCACGUCCCAGAGAGACCAUGAUGGCAGAUGACAACUCUUGUCAAACAUCAACAGAGUUGCAAAUGAUACAAGCAUCACAACACCAUUUCUCAAAUAUGUGAUGAUCAAAAUUCAUUCUUGAUAUCUCUAAUAUUAAUCAAUAUUACUCUUAUCUUGUAAAUGGAUAAAUCAAUUUUAUUGUGCA